AUGUUCAUUAAAAAGUAAAUGGCACGUAUCUAUCGAAUUAGCUUCAUUGAGGUUGGAACUCCAUACAUUGAAUCUCAGAGACAUUAAGUGAUAAACACGAUGGUGAUGUUUUACUGUUAAGGGAGUCCAUAUAUGCACAUACAUACCUAAUCAAAGUAUUAAGUUUACCGAGCAAUGCCAGAGAAACGGAACACGCCGCAUGAACUGCGUGUCUAUAAGAUUGUAAUACUGGGCGAUGGUGGCGUUGGCAAAUCAGCUGUAACUCUGCAAUUCGUUAGCCAUAGUUUUACGGAUUACCAUGACCCUACUAUCGAAGACUCCUAUCAACAACAAGCCGUUAUCGAUGGAGAAGCAGCACUGCUGGACAUACUCGACACUGCUGGUCAGGUUGAGUUCACGGCCAUGCGUGACCAAUAUAUGCGAUGUGGUGAAGGUUUCAUAAUAUGUUACUCAGUAACAGACAGGCACAGCUUUCAAGAGGCAUCAGAAUAUCGUAAACUAAUUCAACGUGUGAGACUCUCUGAGGACAUACCGCUAGUACUGAUAGCAAACAAGAUUGACUUAGUGUUAGCAAGAAAAGUAACAACUGAAGAAGGAAAAAACUUGGCAAAUCAGUUUGGCUGCCCGUUUUUUGAAACGUCUGCAUGUGAGAGGCUUUGCAUUGAUGAACCUUUCUACACCCUUGUUCGGGAAAUACGUCGAAAAGAGGCUCAAGGUAGCGGUACAAGUUCAGAAAAGUUACAUUCUCGUCGAAGGAGCCGUUGGUGGAGAAUUCGCUCAAUUUUUGCUUUGGUCUUUCGGCGGCGCAGAAAUCUAAACUAAUAACACGAAAAACACAUUUGCACAACCGAAGGCAAUUCCGUAUAAACACAACUUCAAUAUAUGUACAUACAUACAUAAAUCCUAUUGAAAGCAAUUUGUAUACAAAGUAUGGAUGUGCCCAAGAAAUUAAAAGAACCUGACCGAAAACGUCACGAUCCUUAUACAAGCAACCUCCUACUACAUUGUUAGUGUGGUCUAACAUAACCAAAAACAGCAAACAAAAAGUUUCUGUCUCCAAAGUGCAUCAGUUUCUAGUUCCUCAUCCUUUUCGUUUUAUAUCGGGUUAAGUAUAGUCCUUAUGUAAAAACAGUUGUUUAAGUUAUUGUUAUAUUGUUUUCGAUAUUUAUAAAAAUGCAGGAAUGGUGUGACAUCAAAUUGCCGCGUUACAUGCCAUUUUUGCUUUCACUUAUGUUAUAUAUGUACAUACAUACGUAUUCACAUACACACAAUUGGUUGAACCGGCAAUGUUAUUUAGUUAAUUAUAUUUUAUCAAACACAUUUUAAAUAAUUUCAACAUUGAACAAAUUACGACAAGCACAAGUGCUCAUGUAACCUAUGACAUAAAUCUAUUAAAAUCUAAGCAAUAAGUUAUUUAUUCAUUUAUAGGAAUGCAUAUGAAUAUCUAUAGGUAUAAAAAUAUAACAUGAUGAAUUGAAUAUGACAGAUGGUGACAAUUGAAACAAAAAAAUACAGGUAAAUUAUAUAUUGAACACAACGUCGUCGGGCCCUCCUACACCAAAGCAUAUUGAAUCACUAAAUAGUAAAUUAAUAAUAAAUUUAGGUCUAUAUAUUGUAUAUUAUUAAUUGAUAAAAUUUAAACUGAACUAUAAAUAUUCUGGAAUGAUAAAAAUCUGUCAUAUUGUUUCUGGUUCCGAAUGUGUUUAAAAAUGUCAUCAAUCUGCGAAAGCUCUACUGAAAGACAAUACCCUUUGAUUGUUAUAGAUUUGUUAUGAACUUGAAAAAAAAAAAUACUCUAAGCAAUGUUCCUCUAUGCUCAGCGGACGAAAAUAUGUAUGUUACUGUAUUGCCUUGGAAAGCUUUAAUUUCAAUUUUUUAUGCUUAUCCUUAAUCAGUAAAGGAUUAAUUUUUACUUAUUUGUUUUGUAAUAGUUAUCUAAUAUAUCCGUAAAUAUAUUAAAUGUAAAUUGUAUCGUACCUGGGUGCAUAAUAUUGCCCAUGCAACUACAUACAAUAUAUUACAACACUCGGGCAUUAUGUUUCAAUUAAAAACUGUUACUAAAAAUAAGUACAUUACAGCAAUACAGCUAAUGAAAUCAAAACAGGAACAAUUCAACUAAGUUCCUUUUUUAUUUGUUAUUGUUGUGUGAACUAAAGUGCAAAUAUUUAUUUUAUUAAUCAUACUGUAGCAUGAUUAUUUUAUUUUAAAAUCUUGUGUGUAACUCGUUAUUUACUUACAUGUGUAAAUUGGAGGAAUAGGAGGUCCUGUUUUAAAUGAAUGAUAUAUUAAUUUAUU